AUGGCAGACACCAAGCGCAAGGUCCUCAUCACGGGCUGUUCGGACGGCAGCUUAGGCGCUGGCCUGGCCGUCGCCUUUCACAAGGCAGGGCUGCACGUCUACGCGACAGCUCGCAAUCCCGCCAAGAUGACCAACCUCGCCGCCCUCGGCAUCGAGACCCUUCAGCUCGACCCGACCUCCGCGUCCUCCAUCGCCACCUGCCUCGGCAAGAUCCCCGCCCUGGACAUUCUUGUCAACAACGCCGGGGGCAUGUACAAGAUGUCCAUCGCGGACAUGAACAUUGCGGACGCAAAGGCCUGCUUUGAUCUCAACGUAUGGUCAUAUCUCGCAAUGGUGCAGGCCUUCUUGCCCCUCUUGCUCAAAUCCCCGCACGGUGCCUUGAUUGCGAACCAGACAUCUGCGGCGUCUGUUUUGACGAUCCCGUUUCAGUCCACGUAUAACGCGUCCAAGGCAGCCAUCGCGUCCUUCUCAGACUGUCUCCGUCUCGAGCUCGAGGCCUUCGACAUCAAGGUCGUCGAGCUGAAGACGUCGCUUGUUAAGAGUAACUUCGUCACCGAUAAGGUUCCCACCACAGGGCCCGAGCUGCCCAAGGGCUCAAUCUACGAGCCUGCUAGAGAGGUGGUGGAGUCAGCUCUGCGCGGCGGCAAUUUUACUGGCCAGCCCAUGGAGCAGGAGAUCUAUGCCAGGGAGACUGUGGAGAUUCUGCUGAAGGAUAACCCGCCGUUCGUGGUCUACCUUGGGGAGGGUUCCGAGCAAGUUCCGUCGCUGCAUGCAAAGGUCGGGUCGAUGGAUGAGAUGGUGAAGCAUUGGACACAGCUUAACGAAGUCGAGGCCGUUAUUAAAGCAUACAGGCAAUCAAAGGCAGAGGGAAAGUAA